AUGAAUGAGGCCAGCAACUGCAGCGUCACAAGCCCAGAACUGGAUCACCACGUUCGUCUCGUUGAGCUCACUCUGUAUAGCCUGAUUUUCUUUUUCGGAGCACUGUUCAAUGCCCUUGCCCUCUGGGUGUUCUUCUGCAAGAUGAAGAAGUGGACAGAAACCAGGGUGUAUGUCAUCAAUUUAGUCUUUGCAGACUGCUUUGUCAUCUGCACCUUGCCUUGCGUGGCUUAUUUGCUCUGGAGCAAGUCAACCCGAAACGAACUCUGCCAGUUUAUAGAGGCGAUGUAUUUUAUCAACAUGGUCGUGAGCAUCUACAUCGUUUCAUUCAUCUCCGUCGAUCGAUACGUCGCCAUAAAGCACCCCUUGAAAGCCAGGACCUGCAGGUCGCCAUCGAAGGCUGCCCUUCUCUGUGGGCUCCUGUGGGUCUGCGUGACAGCCGGGGCCGCCUUCCAGCUGGGGCAGAGACACGCCGCGCUCUGCUUUCAGAGGGACCACGCAGCGCCCGCUGCGCUGAGCCUGCUGCUCACUCUCACUCUCCCGUUAGUAGUCUUGACUUUUUGCUCCACAGAAGUAAUCAGGAACCUUAAGAGACGCCUGAGCACAAACACACCAGAGGAGAAAUUAAUCCAGAAAGCUGUUCACAUUAUUUAUGCAAAUCUGAUUGUAUUUCUGAUAUGUUUUCUGCCAGCCUACCUCGGGCUGCUUGCCAGGUUCAUAAUGCAGAGUGUCGGCGCUACCUGUUUCCUGCUCCAUGUUCUGAACAACUUCUCCUCUGUGGCGAGGUGCAUCGCCACGUCCAACUGCUGCCUGGAUAGCGUCUCCUACUACUUUGUGACCAAGGAGUUCCACGAAGCCCUGCUACCGCACAAACCCAGCACCGAAGAAACAGGUCAAACCCACCCCCUGCAGACACACACCUGCUAA